AUGGAGGAGCUCGGAACCCGGCUAAUGGACUCACUAGCAGCCAGUAAACCACCAAACUCCACACCGGAAAACCAAAUGCCGCAGCAAACCUUCCCGGAGAAUGAAAUAACGGCGAAAUCCUCACUGGGAAACUCCUUCAACGUCCAGUCUCACCUGAAAUCCGUUGCCUUAGCUGCAAUUUCUGUGUUGUUAGAGAGAGAAACAGAGGAAGUUGCACUAUCAAACCCUAUGUUGGACGCCAUUGAUAAAAUCUUCAUAGAGAGGGUCUACCCUCUGCUCAUCUCCCUGUUUCUCGAAGCUUCUCGACGAGACUCUUCCUCCUUUCUCAGAACCGAGUGCAGCCUAUCUGAACAAGUUGCAGAGAUACUGAUUCAUGUCUUCGAAGAAAAUAGGGCUCAUCUGAGAAGGAUUCUGUCAAAAAUGGCGGAUCAUGGCUCGAUCCCUAGGGUUUCUGGUGUGGAUUGGAGGAUCAACCACUGUAACCCUAAUGAAUUAUCUUAUUUCAUCAAUUUGGAGACGAUCAAUGGAGAAAAUGGACAAAGGGGGAAACUAGGGUUUGUGUGCAAUGUUGAGGAGUUGCAGAACCUGGUUGCUUCGAUCAAGGAAGCCUGUACAUCUGCUGAGAGAUUAGCGAAUGGUGCAAAUCCAUCUUAA